AUGGUCUUUCCCUCUUUUACUUUCAGGUACAAAUUUUUUGGUGCCACCGAGUUUCUAUUACACGGAAAGUAUAUGGGCAUUCCUGCUACCAUCUGGAAUCUGGGCAUCGUCCUGUACAACUUGUUGACCGGAGACUUCCCUAUAAAAAUAGACAAUGAUUUGUACUUUGGGCUCCUAAAUCUUCAGCCUGACGUGUCUCCAGAGUGUUUCGAGCUGAUAAUGUGGUGCCUGGAAUUGAACCCAGAAUUGCGUCCCAGUUUCGAGGACAUCUUUGGGCAUGAGUGGUUUGAAGGUGGAGUUCAGGACAAUGUCCAGAUCCUUCUGAAACCAACAGUUUGAUUUGCACACAUAAAGACCCAAACACACCAGAAGAGAAGUAAAACAUAAAAAUACAGGAAAGCAAAUAACAUGACAGGAAUAAAAAUGAUCAUUAUUACUAAACUAAUAAUUUCAAAUAAAGGA